UAAAAACGUUUCAAAACAACUGCAAGCCGACAAGCUUUAAACAUCAACGAACUUCACAUGUGAAUUUUACACAAAUUUCUACAAAUUUCUACCAAAAAUUUUGAAUCACUUUUAGAAGACGGUCCAUCAUCAUUUUUCGCACACGCACUCUAUAACCCCUUCAUAAAUAAUGAAAGUUGUGAAUGAGGCUUUUUCAGGAAUGGCUCCCCUAAAACAAAUAAGCAAAGCUAUCUUAACUAGUCGAACGACUCAAAAGACCCAAGCCGCCGCAGUCUCCACAAGAAGUCGGUCGACAACUUUCAUGCAGCAAAACGACAAGCGAGCUAAACGGAAAGCCGAUUUUUCCCCCGUGAAAGAAAAAGUCAAGAGGAGUGCACUCGGCGAUCUCAAUACCAACGCAAAAGCGGAAGAUGAUAAAAAAGUGACUGUCAAACAGCCCAUCAAGAAAGCAAUUGUACAAACGAAAACACUGCCAUCUGUAAAGACUGUUGUUAAAACAAAACAAAACGAAAAUGCGCCACCCCCUUGCAUUAAAGGGGUUGUUACUAGAGCUGCCGCUGUUAAAAGUGUGGGCACUAAUCAGACGGCUGUGAAACCCAAGGACCCCCUUAAAGAGGUUUUGGCAAACGCGAAUAGAAUCAAAACAAGACUGAGCAAUGAAUUUGAGAAAACUUCAGAGUCUUUGUAUUCAUCAGCACUUGAAGAACUCAAUGAUUCCGUUAGUUCCAGUGGGAGUAAAGUGAAGGAAGAAACAACUAAAACUGAAGCAAAGAAUAAAGAAGUCAUUAAUUCGCCGGCGGUUUCUCUGGUGGCAGAACAGCUUCAAACAAAGUUAAACUUGGGAAACCAUGAAGUUCCUGAGGGUGUCGCCGACUUUGAUAAAGAGAACUGGGAUGAUACAGUCCAAGUUUCUCAUUAUGCGAUGGAUAUUUUUAACUAUAUGAAAAAUAGAGAAGCGAUGUUUGAAAUUCCGGAUUACAUGGACAGACAAGUAUGUUUAACAAAUUGGAUGCGAUCUUUAUUGGUGGAUUGGAUGGUUGAAGUACAAGAGAGUUUUGAACUAAACCAUGAAACCCUCUACUUGGGCGUGAAAUUGGUUGAUUUAUAUCUAAGUCGGAUGACUGUGGGCAAAGAGACUUUGCAGUUAGUCGGUGCUACUGCCAUGUUCAUUGCUAGUAAAUAUGAUGAGAGAGCCCCUCCAGCAAUUGCUGAUUUCCUAUAUAUUUGUGAUGGGGCGUACACCCGUGAGGAACUCAUCCGCAUGGAAAUCAAUUUAUUGAAAGUCUGUGAUUUUAACUUGGGUAUACCACUCAGCUACAGAUUUCUCAGGAGAUAUGCUAGAUGUGCCAAAAUAACAAUGCCUCUGCUCACUUUAGCCAGGUUCAUUUUAGAACAUUCUUUGAUGGAAUAUGCCACAGUUACUGUUCGUGAUUCAAAAUUAGCGGCGGCGGCGUUGUAUUUAGCUCUAAAAAUGAAGAAAACCGGCGGAUGGUCAGCAGCUUUAGAAUUUUAUUCAGGAUACAAACUAGAAGAAUUCAAGAACGUGGUCGUUUUGUUGAACGAUGCUUUACACAAGAAGCCGAAAAAUCCUCUGAUAACUGUGCGAAACAAGUAUUCACAUAAGAUAUUCUUUGAAGUAGCGAAGACACCUCUUUUAAGGAACGAAGAGCUCUUUUAAUUAGUGAAUUACCAAAUUUUAAUUUUAUUAGGCCAUUUCUAAGACAAACAUAUUGUGUGUAAUUAUUUUAUACUUUACAAUUUUUUAUUUGGAGAAAGGUCCUUUGGAUGUUUUCUGUAUAUAAGCCGUGUUUUCAAUCCUCCAUAUCUGUUCUUAUUUUAUAUUGUUUUAAAUUAUAUUAAUUUUUUUAAGUCUCUGUUGCCAUGUGGUGUAAUUGUUCUAAGAGUGUAUAUUGGAUUACUGUAAUUUGUCGAUGAAAACGUAUCAACAUCAGUGAAAUAACUGUACUUGUUGUUUUAUGUUGAAAUAAUAAGUAAUUUAAGUUACAUAAGAAA